AUGUUCCGCGUUAGGAUGUUUUUUGGUUCAACUAUGGUAAUGGUAACGGUGGCUUUGGUAAUGGCAGUUAUUGUUACCAACAUCUACGCCAAAAAAGAUUCUAAGGACAGGGCUCCCAUUUGGUGUCUAAAUAUUGCCUCCAAAUUUUACCCAAUCUCUAGAAAAUCGGUAUGCGUUAGUGACAAUAAGAAUGUUGCAAGCACUGAAAAAGCAAAUGACGUACCUCAGAGGAUUGGUGCCACGACAAUACCAAUCAGACCCACGUGGGCUGACAACGCAACUCCUCGUUGCUCCCUAGAUCCUUCUAUGAGAAUAAAAAACAUGGAAUCAUAUGGGCGCAACAAUAUGUAUCCUUUUGUCGAUAGACCAACUUGCAAUUAUGAAAUGCGCCAAACAAAUAAGUUGAAUUGGACAAAAAUUUUCACGAAAAGUACAAACCUUGUUGCAACAACUGAAUCAAAAAGGAGCAUGAAAACGUUUAAUUGCACUUCCGUGAACUGUUCAAUUGGAAACGUUGAAACAAAUGACAAAACACAGGUUCAGAAUCCUGCUGAUCAAGAUGUGAUAGAAAUAGAAUGGAGGAUUUUGGCCAAAUUCACCGACAGAAUAUUUUUUUGGAUAUUUUUAGCCCUCAGUACGUUAACGCAAUUGACUUUAUUCAAACAAAUGGUACCAGAAUAA